UCUCUUUCUCUCUCUUCUUUUUCAUCCUCAUCCACUCAAUUUAACCAACUUUUUCUUUAGAUAUUUUUUUUUCACUCUUCAUUCAUAUUUCAACAACUUCUACUUAAUAAAACUACAACUAACAUACAUCGACCAUUUUGUUUUGGUUCACACCGAUUUGAAAUUUAGGGUUUGUUCUCUGUUUGAUGCGCUUUUUGUUAUCGGUUCAUAACUGUAGUUCAUCGUUUGAGAAUGGGUGAGGUGGUGGUGAAUGCUUCGAUGCAGAGUGAUAAUGGUAAAUGGGAGAAUUUUCUUCCUCCGACGAUGCUCAGGGUUUUGCUAGUUGAGCCUGAUGAUUCUACUCGGCACAUUAUUUCAGCACUUCUUCGUAAAUGCGGUUACAAAGUUGCUGCGGUUCGAGAUGGCUUAAAGGCAUGGGAAACAUUGAAGAACAAAUCAUGUGAUAUAGAUAUUGUAUUAACAGAAGUAGAUGUGCCAACAAUAUCUGGUUUUUCAUUGCUUACUUCAAUCAUGGAGCAUGACAAUUGCAAAAAAAUUCCUGUCAUAAUGAUGUCAUCUCAUGAUUCAGUUAGCACGGUGUUCAAAUGUAUGCAAAAUGGGGCCGUUGAUUUUCUCAUUAAACCUGUUCGCAGGAACGAGCUAAGGAACUUGUGGCAGCACGUGUGGAGAAGACAUACUAUUAGCAAGCCUCCUCAAAAUAUAACAUUGGCACAUGAUAAACUUGAUGUUGCUGAAGAAAACAAUACUGCAAGCAAUAAUCCUAGUGGUUCUGUUGCUUCCACGCAGAAAAUCGAAUGCAGUGGAAAAAAUAGUGAGGCUCAAGCUCAAGAUACGUCCCAGCUGAAGAGUUCUUCGAGUUUGAGCGAGACAGACCAGGUGAAGCACGAAAAUUCUACCAAAUAUGAAUGGGAGUCUACUGAGUAUAAUGACGAAACUGGAGAGAAAUCAACUUUAACAGCAUCUAAAGCUGCAGGGUGUGGCAAAAUUUCAACAGGUUUAAGGCUAGGUCAAAGCUAUGAAUAUAAUGAAACAGAAAACCAAGAUGAAGAAGGGUUAAGAACAGGGUUAGGCAAAGCCAAUCCUCAUGUUAAUACAAAGAUUCAUCGACGCAAUGAUGAACUAGAAGAACCUUCUGUUGGAGCUAUUGACUUGAUGGCUACUUUUGAGAAUCUUCCUAAGAGCAGUUAUGCAGAUUGUAGUUUCAACGGUGGUAACACAGCCAAGUUAGAAUAUGAUACACAAUUGAAACUUUCAUUACAGAGAGAUUAUCCUGGCAGCUCAUCUAAACCUACCACUGAGGAAAGGCAAAUAUUGAAUCAUUCAAAUGCUUCUCCAUUUUCUCGGUAUGGCAACUGUAUGUUGUUGCAGCCUUUUUUUCCAACAAAUAAUUCUUAUGAAUCACAAAAGUUAUCUGAAAAUACAAAUACUAAUCAGUGUGAUGGAAAAAACCAAAAAGAGGAAAGUAACACCUAUCUGGUGAUUGGUCAAUCUGUACAAGAUGAUGCAAAAUUUCUGAACCGUCAACAUGAAUUCUUUCCAGCCAACACCGGGGACACUUCUGAUAACAAGUCUAUGGAACAUGAUACUGUUUUUAAUUCUAUAAGCAACGCACAGUCAGACACGAAUCCCACAUGGAAACCAAAAUCAAUGUUCCAAAAAGAAAGUUCUCCAUUUCCCACAAGUAUUUCCUCCCAUUCCAAUCCUAAAAGUCAGAACUCAGAAGCUCAUCAAUGGUCGGAUAACACCACCUAUACUUGUGAUCAAAACAAAAAUGAUCAAAGUAAUAUUGAUUGUUCUAUGCAUGAAUCUCCAUCUAAUGGUCAAAGUUGUGGUACUAGCUUUUACCAUGAUGCAGAAAAUCGCAACACUAGUGGUGUGUGUGAAGGCACAGGCAGCGGGAGUGAUGGAAAUGCCCCUCUAUCUGUUGCAGCCAAGAAUCAUCUUGAAAGUUCUAUUAGUAAUGAUCACUAUGGCGAGCUUAGAGGCGCAAAUUCUCACUGCACCAGCCAUAGAGAAGCAGCUCUAACAAAGUUUCGACUGAAGCGAAAAGACAGAUGCUAUGACAAAAAGGUCCGAUAUGAAAGCCGGAAAAGACAAGCAGAUAAACGUCCCAGGGUGAAAGGGCAGUUUGUUCGACAAGUACAAAGUGAACUCGUGGUUGGUACCGGAGGUUACUGAGAUUGUUUUGUUUCAUGUUGCCUUCGUUAAUGAUUUACAGUCUGACUUCCAACACUAAUUUUACUCGACAAUGAUUAAAAGUAGAACUGGUGAAAUCUGUUUGAUUUUAAUACCUUUGUUGGUGUUUUCUGUCAGCUUGUUAUAUGGACUCAUUAAGUGUAUGUAUCCUACAAAUUUAGGAUUGUAAUUAUUUAGUGACUGGUUUGAAGUUUUGAUUUUACCUCGUGUAAAUGUUCUUUGUUGUACAAUGUUGAAGACUCAAAAACAUUAUAGCCUUGUUUAAUUUAUGGCAUAUUUGAUAUCAAGUGAGUUUGUUAGAAUCA